GCACGUGCCGCUGACGUCGUCGGGUGAAAAACAACAACAAGUCGCGGUGUCGCAACAUCUGUCUGUGUUUCUGCGUGUUAAAGCGUCCGCAGCGUCUCCAGGCUGCGUGUUGAAGGUCCUCCACCUGUAGUUAACCGGUAGCAGCUGCGUGUCGGCAGUGAGAGCAGUCAUGGCUCAGCAGAGAGGAGUCAACAGCCUGCAGUUCAACCAGGAUCAGAGUUGUUUCUGCUGUGCGAUGGAGAGCGGAGUCAGAAUCUACAACGUGGAGCCGCUGAUGGAGAAAGGUCAUCUGGAUCAUGAGCAGGUUGGCAGUGUAGCUCUGUGUUCGAUGCUGCAUCGCUCCAACUUGCUCGCUGUCGUUGGAGGAGGAGUCAACCCCAAAUUCUCUGAAAUCUCUGUGCUGAUCUGGGACGACGCUCGAGAGUCACGUGACCCCAAAGACAAGCUGGUGCUGGAGUUCACCUUCACCAAACCAGUGCUGGCUGUCCGCAUGAGACACGACAAGAUCAUCAUCGUGUUAAAAAACAGGAUCUACGUUUACAGUUUCCCAGAAAAUCCCGUCAAACUGUUUGAGUUUGACACCAGAGAUAAUCCCAAAGGUUUGUGUGAUUUGUGUCCCAGUCUGGAGAAACAGCUGUUGGUGUUUCCAGGUCAUAAAUGUGGAAGCUUGCAGCUCGUUGACUUGUCGAACACUAAACCAGGAACAUCGUCGGCUCCGUUCACCAUCAACGCUCAUCAGAGUGAAAUCGCCUGCGUGGCUCUGAAUCAGCCGGGAAGUGUCGCGGCUUCAGCUUCACGUAAAGGAACUUUGAUCCGUCUGUUCGACACGACGACCAGAGACAAACUGGUGGAGCUGAGGAGAGGAACGGACCCUGCUACACUAUACUGUAUCAACUUCAGCCAUGACUCGUCCUUCCUUUGCGCCUCCAGUGAUAAAGGAACAGUUCACAUCUUUGCUCUGAAAGACACAAAACUGAACCGUCGCUCAGCGUUGGCUCGGGUGGGGAAGGUCGGCCCUGUGAUUGGUCAGUACGUAGACAGUCAGUGGUCGUUGGCCAGCUUCACCGUGCCGGCUGAGUGCGCCUGUAUCUGCGCCUUCGGGAAGAACACGUCCAAAAACGUCAACUCCGUCAUCGCGAUCUGUGUUGACGGGACUUUCCAUAAAUACGUUUUCACCCCCGAUGGGAACUGUAACCGAGAAGCCUUCGACGUGUAUCUGGACAUUUGUGACGACGACGACUUCUGAGACAGAAACCGGUUUAACGAACAUCAUCAAAGUCACAUGACGACGAUGAUGAUGAUGAUGAUGAUGAUGAUGAUGAAGAAUGAAAAUUACUGGAGUUAAUGUUCAUGGAUGUUAACCUCAGUCUUGUUUUAUAAAAGUUUUUUUUCUUUGUAAUCAGUUGUAUCUUCAGUAUGUAGCAGUGUGAAUAUAAAGUUUUCUAUUUAGCCUGAAACGAGUCAAACGAAGUGAUUUGUUGUAUUUAUGAAGAAACAUCUAAAUUAGAUUAAAAUUAAUUUUUAA